UACUGACCAUCUGUCGGUUUAUAACUUUGUAGACAAAUGUGCGACACUUUGACAAAAUAAAUUAGUAUGUGUAACGCAGAGGAUAACAGUAAAGAAUUGUAUAAAUAACUGACCAUGAGACGUUUUUCUUUCCUUGGUAACGUUUUCGGUAAUAGACGAACUUCCAAUACGUCAAAUUCUAAAUUAACUGCCAGAGAUACACUCGAAUCUCCAGAAAUCGAGUAUCCGUGUUCUGAAGACGAAGAUACAGAUUGUAAUGUAAGGGAGCACCAGUUAAGUGAUGCUAGUAACACAUAUUGGAAUGAUGAUUUUGACGAGAAACAAAAAAAACGGACAAAAGUCGAAUUUAAAGAUCGACAAAACAAAUCAGGAAAUUUCCAUAAUGUUCAGUUAAAAGAACAAAAAAGAAUAUAUGAACCACAAUGCAAAUCGUCCAAGAAAUCACAAUUUGGCAAUGGCAAAGCUUCAGACAAUGAAAAACCAAAGGAUACUUUAAAUGGGAACACUGAUAAACUUGACCAGGAUUAUUUACAGGAUUCAAAUAAACAUCAAUUUGAUAAAGCACAUCCAAACCGCUAUACCAAAUUAACAGCAAACAAAGCUGCGAUUACGGAUUCGGAGUCAGACAGUGACAUACGUAAGAAGAUCACUAUAGCCCUAAACGAACGAAUAUCAAAUAAACAAAAAAGCUCAUAUAAAAAGAAACGGAGUCUUAAGAAUGUUAAACAAGAACUAAAUGCCAGAGAUGACAUGUCAAUCUCAAGUAAGGACGACAACUGGUUGUUACGGAAACAGGCUACCAACAAUGGGGUUCUUCUGCAUGUAUCACUGGAUGAUAUGAAAGCGAUGUUCUCGGAUAAUCAAACAGGGAAGCAAGAUAUAAAAGAAGAUUAUCUAACUUCUGACACAGAUACAAUGCAUACAAGUAGCAACAAUUCUGGUGUGGCUUUACUACCACAUGGCAGAAAACUGAACAAAAACAUGACAAAGUCAAAAGGAUUAUUGGCUUUAGAUUUGAUUGACAGAAGUUCAAUGGCUACUACCGAUACGUGUUUAUCGGCUGGUAAGUAUGAUGCAGAGCGCUUUCCAACAUCUAACCAAAGAAUGUCUACCACUGAAAAGAUCAAGGCAUAUAUUUUAUCUCAAGCAAGAAGCAAUAGCGGUAACUAUCGUCAAACAUCGGAAUAUCUUGAUGAGUGGGAUGCAUAUGAAUUUAAUCAUGGACAUAACAAAAAUGUCGGAUACAAGAUUCAUCGACCACACUUUGACACAGAUGGGCGACAUGAAGAAUAUAAAAUGAAUGAUUGUCGAUUUGCACAAGGCCAUUUGUGUGAUUCUCGAUGUUCUGACAAUUUAUAUAAAGAUCACAUCUCAAGUUUUCACCAUUUUGACAACGGUAGCUUUAAAACCCGUGAAACGUGUAACAACAGCAGUUGCAAAAACAAUGGAACUAACAACUUACAAAACGGAAUUUCUAAUCAUAGUGGAUUUACAAAUUACCCAGUACAUUAUAACAAUAUAGCAACAAAUGGUACUCGUUAUCCAACACAGAAUAACUACGUGAAUCAACAAUUCCAAAAUCAAAAUGCUUCACCUCAACAGUUCCCAGUAACUACAUUCGAUAAUAAUUUGUCUGCCAGUGCCCAGGGACUGUUACACAAUACUACACAAGUACCAGCAUUAUCAUAUAAUUACUCAACGAUACCAGGAUUGUCACAUGAUAAUACGCCAGUAGCUGGAUUGUCGCAAAAUGUAUUCCCAAGCGCGGUAUUAUCACAAAAUAUCAAUCAGGCGGUACAUCCUGCUCUUGUCCAAACCACACAGCAACCAAAUGACCCAACAAAAAUCGACUAUAGCUCAAGCAAUUCAGUAGAACAACCGGAUAAAGACAAAGAAUAUAUAAACAGGGAAAAGGCAGAAAAUAAAGGUUUACCGCCAACAACAAACCCAAAGAACACUCGCAGUAAAAAGAAACAAAAAAUACAGAAAGCUGGAAAUCUUCGUCCACUGGCUAUAAUAAUGACCAUUAUAGCAGGGCUAUGUGGAUUUGGUGUGAUUGGUGUUGGAGUUUGGAACAUGAUGGAUGAGGACAUUACCGUGUACAUAGAUGUUGUACAAGAAAAAGACAACCAGAACUUCAUAUACUACUGUUAUGGACUGUGUUUCUUGGGCAUCUUGUCUACUAUAGCCUUUGUUUUUGGAUUUUGUGGUCUCUUAAAGCUGAAUCCAUGCUGUUUAAAAGUGCAUUGGUCAGCAGAAAUUGGUGGCGCUGUUUUGAUUGUUGUAAUCGUGGCUUUGAUUUAUUUGAACUUGGACAAUUUAUACAAUAUUCCAUUAUUGACAUUGGUCACAGGGAAGGUAGAAACAAAUCUAGGCAAGUUUUUGAAGGAAUCGCUAAUGAACAAUUACUUAGAUGGAUCACCUGCAGCCCUAUUCUGGAACAGACUACAAAUCGAGAAAAGCUGUUGUGGGAUCAAGGGCAUACAGGAUUAUGCGUACAGUGCGUGGACUAAUAACUCUAGAACGUAUCCAAAGAAAAAGUUCCCAAACAGUUGUUGUGUUGUUAAAGAACAAAACUAUAUCGACCCUCAGCCAACAAAUACAAUGAUGUGCAAUUUGCAGAUCAGUGGAUUUUAUCAUCAAAAGGGCUGUCUCGAAAUGGUGAUGAUUUGGUAUGUACAAAAUAGCCUAAUUACACUUGGAGUUUUAGGAGGACUUUUUUUAUUUGAGGUUGCUUGUUUUCUGUUGGUUUUAAAGAUAUCUAGAAGUAUUGUGUUAGACCAAACGUGAAAGAAACAAACAACCAUAUGAUUGAGUAGUUCAAAUAAAUAUGACUUAUGGUUGCAAGUCGUCAAAGCAAAAAGUACAAAAUUCUUUCAAGACGUCAUAAUUAUUUUCUACUAAAUAAAAGAAAUAUUAGGUACAUUUGUCAUGGGGAACUACAAAAUGCUGAUAGUUCAGUCUAUCAUAUAGAAGGAGAGAGAAGAGAAAACAUUGGUGGUAGCAGAUCAAGUGGAAUAUGUCAAACAAGUGAUUGCAAAUAGAAAUAAAAUGUAUCUAUUAU